AUGAAGUUGGACAAGAGGCUCGAGGUCAAGGGGCUGGCGCUGGGAGGCGGCAUCGAUAGCUCGGGACGACAGCCCCCGACGGAUCCCUGCUCCUCCUCGGUCGUCCCGUCAGUCUUUCUGCUCUCCUGGACAGUUCCACCGUCCACCGUGGCGGUCCCCUGCGAGUCGAAACUCCUCAGGCUUUUCAGGCCUUUCAGGCUCCUCUUCACUCGGACUUUGGCUCGAUUCGGUCCAGUUACCGCGUCGGAACCAGUUCGGUUCGGCUCCAUUCCCCGAUCCAUCGACCUCGUAGAAGGCCAAGGGUCCAACGGGAUUUUGCGCAAUCGUGCUCAUCGGCUUGGCGUUUGGGACAGGGGUCAAGGGGGAAUCAAGGGGAAGGACCUUCGGCUUCACUAUGGCGGACAAUACCUAGGCCUCAUUGCUGUCAACUCUGACGAUCAAUUCCAUUAUCAAUCCAUUGACUCGUGCAAGUUGUGGAAGGGUCAGAUUCGGGGCUCUCGGGGGCGUUGUCGGGAGUGGCGAUGCCCCGAACUUUCCAUCUCCACCCAGUUUUCGGGCACUCGCUGUUUUGGUGUUCUCUACAUAUCUCUCGCCUACGGGAGCACGAAGGGAUGCUCUGCGUCCUCGAGUACGCCAAGUCGCUUCACGGCGCUCUCCUCUGGUCCUGCGCCAGCACCUGCGUAG